GUUGGGUUGUUGUUUUGUCUCUGUGAGUCCAAGCCAGGAUUUUCUUGUCUCAUCUUGUCAUGUUAUUGCCACAGCUUUUUUUUUGUAUUUUUUGUUGAUCCUGGAGCCACAGAGGCGGUCGCUAGGGAAGUGGGCGUGGCGUCGUAGCUAGGCAGUGACGUCAGCGGGAGCUGUUCAAAGUGGUGUGGUGCUGAAGAGACAACUCUCCUCGCCUCUCCUCUCCGCUCAGUCUGCCAGCGGCUCGCUCGCUCGCUCGCCCGCUCGUUCCGCGGCCAUCAGCUGGUCCGUGAACACUGGAUUUCACCGCCGCAAAAAUCCUUAAUUAGCGCUCAUUACAGGAGGAUACAGAAGCCACCGAAAAAGAAGAAAGAAAAUCGGCACCGUGUACACCGCACCUGCAGCCCAUGUGGGAGAGAUUUCCAACAAGUCCUGAGCAAACAGUGAAGUUGAAUGGCCAUCCCCUCCCGAGGUCAUCGGAGUCCUCGCAAUCACAGAUCAAUCAUCAACGAUAAAGUUUUCAUCAUGGAAACCCCCUGCCUCCAGAUUCCCCUCCACGAUCCUUCCUGCACACGGUGUAACUGCUGAGGGAGGGCCAGCAGGACUGAGACCGAAAGCUUGCCUGUGAACAUAAAUAUCACCCAAGCCAUGUAGUGUACCUCUCUCCAAGGAGGGGGGAGGGUUUACAUUCAAGUCUGAUUUAUUUUUUAUAUAUUUCUUCUUUAUGUAAUCUGUGGAACAGAUUAGUGUUUGCUUGUUUGAAGAUUGUAUGUGGGUGUGGACGGAGUGCGUGAGGUGAGGAGAAAGAACCAGAGAGGACAAAAGAGAAAGAAAGAAGGAAAGAGAUGGUCCUCCACACUACACCUUACUCCAGUGCCUGUCUGCACUUCCUGGAUGGCUUGUCGUGGAGCCUGGUGUUCCCCUGCUACUGGCUCCUGGACCGGCUCCUGGCCUCCUGUGUGGCCACCUCACUGGAGAAGCGCCAGCGCUCACAGGAUCCCUGCUCUUUCCUCACCCUGUGUGUCCUGAUCGCUGCACCCCUUUACCUGCUCCUUCUCCUUGCCUCGCUGCCCUUUGCACUGCUGGGCUUCAUCAUCUGGGCUCCCCUACAGGCAAUCCGCCAACCCUACUUGUACACCUACCACAGACCAGACAAACACCAGGUCGAGCAGGGCCAGGCCGGGCCGGGAGGUGUUGGGACUGGAGAAUGGAGGCCACAAGGGAGAAGCUUCUGUUUCUGCACUGCCAAUGUAUGCCUGCUGCCCGACUCCCUGGCAAGGUUCAACAACCUGUCAGACACCCACAGGAGAGCCCGGGAGGUGGGGAAGAGGAUCCGCAAUGGUGCCAGUCGGCCACAGAUUAAAAUCUACAUCGACUCUCCUACAAACACUUCCAUCAGUGCUGCAUCCUUCAGCAGCCUUGCCACAGGUUUCCGUCGUACCUCCUCUCUGGACCAGCGUCCAGAUCAAACACACACCACCAACGGCCCAGCCGAGGCCGAAACUGAACCCCUCAAUGAGUGCCCAAUUCAUCCCUCAGGUGCCAUCGACUGCCCUGUUCACCCCACUGCAGGAGACCAGGGUUCCUCCGAAUGCCCCCUUCACCCAGACAAGACAGCAGACUGCCCCCUCCACCCUGCAGGGACUAACAGCAGCUCGGAUUGUCCCGUCCACACCUCAGGGGAGGCUUCAGAUUGCCCCAUGCACUCCACAGGGGCUCAGAAUGCCCAAGACCAUCACGACUGUCCGAUUCAUGGCGAAACGACUCAGCCAAAAUCCCCAGACUGCCCACUUCACACCUCAGGGGUUCAAAUAAGCAUCAGCGCCCCAGAGCCAGACCCCCAGGAGGAGGAGGCCGAAACAGGAAACCAUCGGCCUGGAGAGCAGGCAGGAGGAGACACAGGCAGCAUGACUGCUUCCAGGGAAUCCCUUGCUCGUUACCAUGGAAAUGAUGGCGGCAUAGGGAUAUCCUCCAACAACACUCUCUCUCACGUCCCUCGCACAUCAAUCUUUAAGCGUCCUGGACGAAAACGCCGUCAUGGAGAUGAGACAUUCGAUCAUGAGAUCUCUGCCUUUUUCCCUGCCAAUUUGGAUUUCCUGGCUUUACAGGAAGUGUUUGACCACGGAUCAACGACCAGACUGCGGCGGCAGCUGCAUCGCUACUUCCCCUAUGUGCUAAGUGAUGUUGGGCGUUAUGGCUGGAAAGGCUGCUGCUCAAGGUUUAAAUUCCUGAACAGUGGGCUGAUGCUGGCCAGCCGCUACCCAAUCCUGGAUGCACGGUACGAAUGCUACCCCAACGGGAGAGGGGAAGAUGCAUUGGCGGCCAAGGGAGCGCUGUUUGCCAAGGUUCACGUGGGCACCUCCCAUCAGGAGCAAAGGGUGGUGGGAUAUCUCACGUGUACACACCUCCACGCCAUAGAAGGUGAUGCGUCUGUACGUUGUGAGCAGCUGGACCUGUUGCUCCAGUGGGGGGCUGAGUUUCGCCAAUCCUCAUCCCAGCCACCUGCAGGAGAAAAGGUGCUGGAAGACCUGGUGGCCUUUGAUGUCAUCCUGGGAGACCUCAACUUUGAUAACUGCUCUUCAGAGGACAAGCUGGAGCAGCAGCAUGCACUUUUUACUCAAUACAAGGACCCGUGUCGCCUGGGGCCAGGGGAGGACAAACCAUGGGCUCUGGGUACUUUACUGGAUCCCAGUGGCCUUUAUGACGAUGAGGUCAGUUCACCUGAAAGUUUACAAAAGGUGAUGGAGAAUGAGGAGGGGAGAAAGGAGUACCUGGUGUUCCCUCCCAGUAAGAGCCAGUGUCCCGCCAGCAGUCAGAAGGGGAGGAAGAUCCCACUGAAGGGCAACGGACGUCGGAUUGACUACAUCCUCUACAGUGACGAGGGCCAGCAGCAGGACUGGAAACUGGAAAUCGAGGAGUACAGUUUUGUCACCCAGCUGGCUGGUAUCACUGACCACCUGUCUGUGGCAAUGCGAUUGGCUGUUUCCACUGGUGAAGAGGAGCCUUAGGUUAACCAGCUGACCUUUUGUUUAAAAAUACUGCCAUGGAGGAAUGACAGACACCCAAGAAGAAAAGAAGAGAUUAAGAGUUUACAGACAUGGAGCUGAUUGAGAGAGACAAAAUUCAGUAUUGCGAGAGGACUUUAGGAGCAGAGAAAUGGACAGAUCACUCACAAGAAAGAGCUCUUUGGAUAAAUGGAUAUAGAGAGGAUAGAGGAGGACUACAGCAGAGGAGUGACAUUAAAGAGAGAGAUUCUGGAGGGGAAAGACAAGCAGGGGAAUUCAGUUUAAAAGUCAGAUAUUCAUCUUCCUCGGAAAGCACCCACACACGCAUACAUGUAAACACACACUAAAUACAGUAUGUGGCACACAAACAAACAUGACUGGUCGACAUUGUGACUGUUGAAUAUCACCUGGUCUCUGGCUCUUCUCCUCCAACACUCCCUGCUGAAACAGUCCAGAGGGUUUUAUUUACAGUGAAUUGUUCCAUGUAGCCAAUUUACACACACUCCUUUUAUUGGAUCUGUUUUAGCUGUAGUGUAAGUAUGAUUUUUUUUUUUUGUAUGAUUCUACCUUCAGGGACAGUCGGUUCUUCGUAGUGACUGUGUACAAAGGGAAAAACACAGUGACGACAGUGAAGCGUAGAGAUACUGACUGGCCUUUACACUGACCGUCUGUGUCCUUGUGUUGUGCUCCUUCCUGAAAGGGUAUUGGUCAACUCAGACAUUCACCUUACUACUCCCACGUCAGUCCCAGGAACCUCAGCAAGUGUCUUUUUUUCUAAAACUAACUAAACUGAACUUUCUAAAAAGAGAAAAGUAGUCUGAUUUCUAUCUCUAGUAUCACCACACCACUUUUUAUAGGGAGUUUAAAUGCCUGUUUAAUACUAUAUGGUAUGUUUCUAAUAAGAAGUAUUGUGUAAAGGGACUUGACAGUCAAAAACAAAGUUGUUUGAUGCAAUGCUCAUAGCAUGCUUUUUCACCGUGACCGGUGAAAGUGAGAUAGGACUUUUUUCAGUGUAAUAGUGGAAACCGAGAUUUUGCUGAUGCAUGAUGGGAAAUGGUAACAGUUUACAACAUUAAUUUAGCGGCUUGAUACAAUUGCCUGCUUGAGUCUGGCUGCUUGAUGAGUCAAGAAGCAUUUUGCCCUAAAAACACACACUUACUGUAUGCCAGUGUGACAUUCAUGCAUGCGAGAUUCCGUAACACAUAUAGAGGUCUGUACCAAGUAGACACACAGCUGUGCACAUCACAUAAAGAGGGAUUUCAGGUGAUGUAACAUACAAUCUGGUGGUCACAUCGGAGGUCCUCUAAUGACAACAUGCGACUUGGAUAUCUUUGAGAGAGUACAUAUUGUCAGCUUAUUAAUUAACAAACCACUGUAGCUAUCUGGUUAGGAAGCCACCACUGUCUAAGCAUGUCUGAUAUGUGCACUAGCUAAACUACAGUAAACAGGCCAGUUUUUAGCAUGGGCACAGCCAGUUGUUUAAUGGAUCACCACAAUAACAGCCAUAUUGUGACGCAACUGCAAAACCUCAUAAUACAGAAACAUUUUGAAGACCUACAGACUCCACAGACAUAUGCCAGGUAUACUUUAACACCUUUUAUAAAGUUCUAAAAGUUUAAGACAGUUCACACACACACACAAGUUCAGGCACACAGUCUACGUAUAUAAAUACAUGAAGUUAAGGUGUGUUACGAAAGUGAAUGUAAGAAAGAAGCAUCCACCCAAAAGUUUCUACUUAAUUGAAAACUUUGUGCUUACCCCAAGGCUUUACGACCACAACUCAUGAACAAACAGAGAUGUGUAAAAUAACCGGAAGAACAGAGAUAACUAACCACAGCUAAUGUUUGUAAAGUCUCUAAAUUGACUGUUAAACACAAAAUGUAACGGUCUAGCAGUCAAAUUUGCACAAAUAGCGCAAGGCAAGAAUUAGCUUCACAUUCAGUCACACCUUCAGAACUUUACUCCCCUCACUUGUCCAUAUAUUACAGCACUGACACACUACUUUUCCUGUAAACAUACAGGCUAAUGUAGAUGCACACCAAAUCAUUACAACCUUUGGAGUAUUUUUAAUUGUAAUUGUAAUAUGAAUGCCAUCAGAGCAUAGCAUUCAUAUUCACCUCCCAGUCUGUACCAGACUCACAGAGACCAUGGUGUCAAGCAGGAGCUGGAGUUUGGUACAGAGCAUAAUUUGGCCAGUAUAACUGUUUAGAGGCAUGUCAGUGCUAAAACUCUCCUUGUGAUAAACCGCUAUCAUUAUCUCAAACUUGAGAAAAUUACAUGGAAGCAGGUGUGACUCUGUGAACCUAACUCACCAGUAAAGUUUUCCCAAUUUUGUUUAAACCAAAAAAAAAAGGUUGGUUUUAGUAGAACAAGUUAGGCUGUUUUAACAAAACCUCUGAGUGAACUGAACUGAGCAAGAGUGUGUUUCAUUACUUAUGAAUUUAACUUUGAAUUUGUAAGAGAAAGACAGUAAAAGUUGCCUCCCAAACUCGGGAACCUCAAGACCAGUGAUCUCCCAUACUGAGUACACAUAGAUCAAGCUGGUGCCCAUGUUUUCAUCGAUAUAGGACAACUACCAAAACCAAGCUGUAUAUUUCUUUUACAAGAUGUGUGUAAAAAUAUCCCUGAAGUAGAAACCUGUUUUUCUGAAUAAAACAUGUAUUACUGUAACAGUUUAGGACUUCAGAUACUGUUUGAUUUCCAUGGUCUGCAUGGUGAACAAUGUUUACAGCAGUUUUUGACCUGCCUGUCUGGAGCUUUUCAGUUUUACCACAGAUGUGUGAGUGUAUGUUUCCACAGCAUGUUGUGUCAUAUUUCUCCACUACAUAUGUGCUGAUUGGUGUUUCCCUGAAAGCAUUGGGCUGAAAGGUAACACAGAAUGGACAGUAUGCGUUUACAGAUGUGUUUUCAUGAGGGCACAUUCAACUGCUGUGCGUGCGCAUGUGUGUCCUAAGAAUAUUAGUUGUUCUGUAAUGUAUGUUCAACUGUCAUUUUACAUACAGUAUGAGUCCACGGGUCACCUGGCUGCUCUGACACCCACUCUGUUUCUAUGUGACUCAUUACUAUGACUAAUACACUUGUCAUAUUAAGUUCGCAUCUGUCAAGCUUCACCAAGUUGUUGUUUUUCUUUUUUCUUAGACUGAGUAUGUCAGGUUCUUUUGCAAAUCACCAUUUCUCUGUUUAGGGUGAAGAUCAAAAGCUAGAAUAAGUCUCUUACUUGGUAAAUAUUUAUGUAAAUACACUAUAGAUCUAUAGUGAGUUACAGAAAGGUGCCUCAGUUUCCAUGGGAAUCUGAUUUUGGGGUAAAUAAGUUAUGGUUUCGGGGGGAAACAGUGGUGGCUGAUAUAAACUUUUUUUUAUAACCUUUUCUUUUCAAUUGUCCUAUUCUAUUACACAACAUCUGCCGAACAACAAGUGUGGAGAGAGCAUCAAAACAGUGGGACUUAGGAAAUGCAACCUCUUCAGGAUGAUACUUUUAUGUUGUGUUUGAAAGAUUGAUGUCUUUUAAUUUGAAGUCUACUGUGUUUGUAUUUCUGCAUAUUUUUUAACAAAAGGUUUGAAGAAAGUGGUGGUAAACAGAGAUGACUGAUUUAAAGUGAAAGUGAAGAUGUAAAGGCAAAGUGCUUAGGUUUGUGUUGGUGUUUGUGUUGCAUGUUCUUGGUGAGCCCUAACCCUAAUAUAGUAGGGCUAUGUGGUGGAAGCCUGACAUUUCAGUCACUUAUAGGUGCUGAUUACAUUAAUUAUUGGAGGUUACGGAACUUAAAAGAUGGUGUGCAAUCUUCUUACUGAUUUCUGACGUGAGAGAACAUGUUUGACGGACUUAGAGUAAUAGAACACAAUUAAAACCUGCAUCUUGUCACUUUUUGGUGCAAACAUUAACCCACCAAUGUGGCAGAUAGCUUUCCAUGAAAUCCAUGAAAUCUGCUCACAUUAGAUGUUCAGUGGAUGUUCAUUUUGGAUCCAUGACGUUAAGCUUAGUUGAUUCAGGAAAUGAAGGCAUGUAAUUGAUUCAUGGCACAUUGUUUAAGUAACAUAAGUCAAAUUAAAUAAAAUUUGUGACUUGAGCCGCACUUCUCGUAGUUUUACCAAACCAUCAUAUAAAAUUAUUAUUAAAUGAAGCUUUAAAGCCUUACAAACUUCGUGAAAUGAAAGACAGCAAGAUUUCUUCCUUGCUCACCAACUGUGGUGCUGGUCAUCAGAUGUGCGCUCAGUGCCACUGGUGACUUGAAGCUGUAUUACAAUGCCUCAGUGUCCAUGAGAAUACUUGUGAGUAUGAUGUGAAAAUCACACUCACUGUCACUGCUGAAACAAGUCAUGUUACCGUGUUGCUUUCCAUUGCUAAUUUUAUUAUUUUUCAGCAUUAGCAGUUACUUAAAAUAUAUCCCUGAACCAAAUUUUAUGAACUCCCGAGUGACUGAAAUGUCCAAGUUCUAUAAUAUAGCCAUUUAGGACCAUGAUAUGACGGUCCUGUGUCAGGGUUAGGUGUGCCCAGUAUCUCCGCAGAGGGACAGUGUUUCAUGAUGCUGUUGCUAAUGACAAUCAUGCAACCAGAAUCAACCAUUCAUAGCCUCUGAAUUAUUGCUAAGCGUUCACAGGCCUUCUGUGGAGCUACACACUCACCACACACCCACACACACACACACACACCCUGCUCUGCUAACACCAUGAGCAAACAGAUCGACCUGAGUGAGUCAAGCAGUGGAGAAGUGCUGUGCAGCUGGACCACACAAUCUAACUAGGAGUCUUUCCUCAAAUCAUUAGAAAUUAGAUUGUCUUGAUGAUCAUCUAAGAUAAACAGAUAACAGAUAAAAAUGUAGGCACCAAAAUAAUCUAUGGACCCCCUGUGCUGAAUGCAGACAUUUGUUGUCUGAUAAUCAAGAUUACAGAUCAUAAUGACUAAGGAGGAACUAAACAUUUAUAUCAAAUAUUUACUCAUACGUAUUUACAUGAAGAGGUCACUCUUCCUUCUCUGGAUUCAGCCAGGACACAUGCAUUAUUUUUGUGUCUGUAUUCUGAAAUAGGCUACCCACUGAGUCAACUGCUUAUAAAAAUAUCUGUUUUGAGAAUUUCUGAUAUAAUUUUAGUAUUUUGUAACGUUUCUAAUCACCAGUCACUGUCCCCCAUGUGUCCUUGUCUCAUUCAGGACAGAAUUAUUUUUGCAGUUGGCCGGGGCGCAGCGAGUCUGGGAUGAGCUCUAGGCUUUUGUAGCUGCAUGUACUGUAAUAAUGCUUCAGGCUUGUAGUCUCAAUAGAUGUGAUGCCUCACUUUGCUAUCCUUCUCUGGUUUGAUUUUCUAUAAUUUGUGUCAAAUGUUCAUGUUUUUUGUUUUUUUUAUUUAAUUGAUCUUUGUCUCUGAAUGGGGGGUGUUUCUCUGUGGGGUCAUCUAGCUUGGUCUCUGUAAUGUGGCUGAGGGAUCAAUAGCUUUUCUCUUUCUAAGCUUCUUUAACAAAUGGCUUAUUUUCUUCUGCUUUUUAAAAAAACAAACAAAGGAGUUU